GGACGGCCGCUGGAUGUUCCUUGUGUUGUUAUAGUAGAGGUGCAGGCCUAACUUGUUACAGGAUCCAAAAGCGCUCGCGCAGACAAAUGAACUGACUAAUUUAAAUUGAACAACUACAUAACAGCGGGGGGGAGGGGGGGAGGAUAAAGGGAUCCACUCAUCGCGCCGAUUCUUUGCCACGAGCAGCACCACAGACUUCUCAAUGAAGGAGCCUGACGCAAUCAAGCUCUUCAUCGGGCAAAUACCCCGAAACCUGGAGGAGAAGGACCUGAAGCCCAUCUUCGAGCAGUUUGGCAAGAUCUAUGAGUUGACGGUGAUAAAGGACAAAUACACAGGGAUGCACAAAGGUUGUGCCUUCCUGACAUAUUGUGCACGGGAGUCCGCCCUCAAAGCCCAGAAUGCACUGCACGAGCAGAAGACACUACCAGGGAUGAACCGUCCGAUCCAAGUGAAGCCGGCAGACAGCGAGAGCAGAGGGGAAGACAGGAAGCUAUUCGUGGGCAUGCUGGGGAAGCAGCAGACGGACACCGACGUGAGGAAGAUGUUCGAGGCGUUCGGCAGCAUCGAGGAGUGCACGGUGCUGCGCGGGCCCGACGGCACCAGCAAAGGCUGUGCAUUUGUAAAGUACCAGAGCAACGCAGAGGCCCAGGCCGCCAUCAACGCUUUGCACGGGAGUCGCACUUUACCCGGCGCCUCGUCCAGCCUGGUGGUGAAGUUUGCCGAUUCAGAGAAGGAGCGAGGGCUCCGGCGGAUGCAGCAGGUGGCCUCUCAGCUGGUCAUCAGUCCCAUGACCCUGCACCUCGGGGCCUACAACGCUUACACACAUGCUUUGAUGCAGCAGCAGGCCCUGGUGGCGCAGUCGACCUACCUCUCUCCUGUUGCCACCGUGGCGGCGGUUCACAUGCAGCAACUCGCCGCCCUCAACCACAGCGGCAUCAUUGCCACGCCGAUCUCAUCCAUCACCCCCUCUUCAGGUACCAACACUCCACCCUCCAUGGCGGGCACACCUGUUCCGGCUCUGCCUCCACCGCUCACACUGAACAGCUACGCCUCUCUGCCAGGUCUGGCCAACGGCCAAUCAGCAACUGAGGCCCUGUUCACCAACGGGAUUCAUGCCUACCAAGCCCAGAGUCCUGUCCUGGACCCGAUGCAGCAAGCUUAUACAGGCAUGCAGCACUACACAGCCACCUACCCUGCUGCCUACAGCCUGGUGGGACAGCCGUUCCCCCACCAGCCCACACUGGUGGCUCAGCAGCCGCAGCAGCCGCAGCAGCUGCAGCAGCGAGAAGGUCCAGAGGGCUGCAACAUCUUCAUCUACCACCUGCCACAGGAGUUCACUGACUCUGAGAUAUUGCAGAUGUUCAUUCCCUUCGGAAACGUCAUCUCUGCAAAGGUGUUUGUGGACCGCGCCACCAACCAGAGUAAAUGCUUUGGUUUUGUGAGUUUUGACAACCCCUCCAGCGCCCAGACUGCCAUCCAGGCCAUGAACGGCUUCCAGAUCGGCAUGAAGAGACUGAAGGUGCAGCUGAAGAGGCCCAAGGAUGCCAACAGGCCUUACUGAAGGAGGAAAACCUAAGAGUUCAAUCAAGAAAACCACUUGGGAUGUCCCAGCCUUUUUUGGUUGUUUGACCAACCGUAUAGCACAGGAGCAACACUUCACAAAAAGCAGUAUCACGUGUAUGCGCUUUCAGAAACAACAGACGGCAGCAGUAAUAUCAGCUAAGACAUCUACAGAAUCCGCAUCCGCAAUAUCAGAAGUGCUCCAGAUUUCCUAUCAUUCCACAGCUGGAUUCAUUUAUAUUAUGUACAUACUCUAUUGUCAGCAACAAGAUCUACAUGUUAAGAAAAAGCAUAUCACUGAUGUUAUUCUUCUGAACAGGGUUCUACUGUAUAGUGUGAUUUGUGGUCUACGGCAUUAACAGAAGGCCCGUCAACACAGUCGGAGGCGAAAAGAAAAUACUAUUCUGUAUUAUUACCAUUGGUAAUACUGUUAUGUAGAGUUAGUUUUAUUAUUUAUACGUAAAUUUAAAAAAAACAUGGGGUAAUUAAACUGGAAGAGAUUUGAAUUUCCUCUCACUGUACAUACCUUUGUUUGGAAGUGGAGUUUAAGGACUUCAUGCGUUAAGAUUCUCUGCUGCCACUACUUUUCAAAUUAACAAAGCUGAAGGAAUGGCAGGGAAUUUUUCUAUCUUGAUUUUUUACGUUUAAUUUAUUUGGUAAUCAAUUUGAUCAGGGUGGGGCGGGUUCGGGGGGGUAUGUGACAAUUUCUUUUUUAAUUUAAGAAGAAGAAGAAAAAAAGAGGAAUUCUGUGGUCUUCAAGACAAUGAACACACUUAUUAUAGAGUUUUUAAUUGCAUAAAUGUACCUAUGGAAGUAAAAAAACAAAAACAUAAUGUUUCUUUAUUUAUUCUCUACAAUCGCUGUUUUAAAACAUUAUGUCUUUAAAAGAAAAUAAAGUACAAUUUAGAAUUAAAAUGUUUGUCUGCUUAACUGUUCACGUAAUGUGAUUUACCCCCCAAAUAUCCCACCUUUCCUCUGCAUGAUACAUCAGAAGAUGAAGGGAUAGACUCAGUAUGGAUGUUAUAGCUCAUUUAUGACAUAUCCAGGGGAGUGUGCUGCUCUCUAUAGGCCGGAGGAAGUAUUGAGCCAAGUGGAAAACAUCUGGCCUCCUGUGACAGUUGCCUGAGAAACUGUGGACCAGCCUCUCAAGGACCUGGAAGAAAAAAAUGUAGCUGUGUUUGGCAAAUGCAAAAUAAAUACAAGUCUGUACACAAUG